GUGACCCCACGUGUUCCAGGGACGAAGGGUUCCCUCAGCGCUGCUUAGCAGGCAUCUUAGCAAAACAUCUCCAGGCUUUUUCUUCCAAGGAUGUGCUCAGUGAUUUCCCGGGGGCCAAGGACCUCCCAUCUGAUAGAAGGUGGAAGGAUGAACACAUUUCCUGCCCUUAGGAGUCUCAUUCUUAUAACGGGAGGAGAGGAUGAGAUGCUGACAAAGUUCCUUCCAGAUUUGUGUUCCUUUUCGAAGACAGCCAACCAGCCGUCACGGAGCUGAUUCUUGUGCAUCGUGACCCCGGUGAGCAGAGCGGACCUGCCCUCCAUGGAGCUCUCCAAGCGGCGAUCUCGCGAGAACUAAGUAGGCCUUUUCUCCAAGGUGCUUUCGGGAUGGCCCACCCUAUGAAACCACUGGCAAAGAAGAUCUUGACUGGAGUUUUAGUAGCUGAAGUUGCAGGUGUUGUUGGAGCUUAUUCUUUGUUUAAUAAAAUGAACACAAGCCAAGAUUUCAGACAAACAAUGAACAAGAAAUUUCCCUUCAUCUUGGAAGUUUAUUACAAAUCCAUUGAACAAUCUGGAAUGUAUGGAAUCAGAGAGCAAGAUCAAGAAAAAUGGCUAAAUAGUAAAAGUUAGCAAUUUGGCCCUGAUCAAGACGUACUCAUAAAAGAAACAUCUCAGUGUCAGCCAAGAGUGAAACUCUAAAGCUCUCACGGAUGGGUCUGGGCACGUUUACAGCAAAAUGCAAACUCCAACUACACCGAGAGGUGCUAUGCUUUGAAUUAACUUUUUGAAGGUAUAUUGUUAUAAAUGAAGUUUUGGCUAUAUUAAAAAAACUGUUUUGAAAACAUA